UUUUCAUUUUUCAUCCCGUCAAUUUAUUGACUUUGACUAGAGACAUAGAGUAGAUUGGCAAUUUGGCAAAAAUGAUGGGGGAGUUUCAUUGAAGAUUGUGGAUAUAAAUUAGUUACGUAUGCAGUAUUACUGUGACAUGGAAUGAUUCCAUGACCUACAAUAUUAUUACUGUGGCGAAAUUAAGGACAUUAAACGAACAAUAAUGGCGACGCAGCCAAGUGACUACACCGAGUUUCCGCCCGAGAUAAUAUUGAAGCCCCUCGCUCUCAUUGGUUUGUCUGGACUCGACGCGGUGAAUAAUGCUAUCCAUAAAGAAAUCUGGGAUGCAUUUUCCAAUAAUCGUCGUGCCGACCGUACGCCUGUGCGUUUCAAGUUACUUAACAAUACCUUCGAAUUUCCUGUAGUUAAGCCGAAGCGAAAUUCUUACGAGUGGUAUAUUCCCAAGGGUGUUCUAAAGAAGAACUGGAUCCAUAAACGUGUGUCUCUAAUUCCUGCAGUAGUCGUAAUUUUUUAUGACAUGGAUUGGAAUGAUCCUCAAUGGAACGAAAAGAUCAUUGAAUGUGCGUCCAAGGUACAAUCAAUCCGCGCUGCAGUAGAAGGGCACGCUACACGCGUAGCCGUCGUCGUUAUACAGAGCAGACUCUCUCCACCCCCUUCUGAGUACAUGCUGGGUGCCGAGAGAGCUCAAGCCUUGUGUGCUGCCUGUGAAAUCCAGUCAAAGUCACUGUUUGUACUUCCGCAUAGUGACCACCUAAUGGGUUACAUAUUGCGCCUCGAGAAUGCAUUUUAUGACAUUGCUCAAAAUUACUACCAUCAUGAAACUAAAAACAUCAAACAGCAUAGGGAUCACCUCAACAAAACUACUCAUCAAUAUUUGUUUGUGCGACACCAGUUUAAGCUGGGCUAUCUUAAUGAACUAAAACAAGAUUUGAGUACAGCCCACAAGCACUACAUGCAUGCCUACAACAACCUACUUGAAACCAGGAUUGUAGACACCAAUACUCAUGAAGUUAGGACUGUGGCAGGUUAUAUAAAUUAUAAACUCUGUAAACUAUUAUUUGCUCUGAAUUUACCCAGAGAUGCAAUAGCUCAACUAAAGUCUCACAUUGAGAGGUAUAAAAACCGAGUUGGAUCUACAGAAUUACUGUUUGAACACUAUGCUUGGAUUGCUAGACAAUAUAGUGCUUUUGGAGAAUUGUUCGAUGAAGCUAUCCGAGCAGGCCUUCCAGCUAUACAAUCUCAGCAUCCUGGCUUUUAUUAUCAACAUGCAGCUCAGUUCACUGUGAAGAGAAGACAAGCAAUGAGGUCUGUCUGCACAGAGGCUAUGGCUUACCCACCAACACCUGACCCGCUGGAAGGCAUUGUGGAAUUCUAUGGCCAAAGACCAUGGAGACCAGGCCGCCUUAGUGCUGAUCCUCAUGACCCACAAAAGGAACAAGCAGCAGUUCAAGCCUUACAAUAUAAUGAAAGAAUUUUUAACCACUCUGCUAUGAUCAUUAGCUUCUUGGGCAGUGCCAUAUCACAGUUCAAGACAUUCCACUCCCCUAGGAUGAGAAAACAGUUAGUAGUUGAAAUGGCAAAUGAAUACUUUUAUUCAGCUGAUUAUGGCAAAGCUCUCACUCUGCUGACUCAUAUGCUGUGGGACUAUCGGAGAGAGAAGUGGUGGUUUCUAGCUUCACAUGUUCUAAAUCGAGCAUUGCAGUGUGCUUAUUUGUCAGGGAAAAUACAAGACUAUCUACAACUGUCAGUAGAGGCACUAUCUAAACACAUCCAGGUACCAAACAACGAUAAGGAUAGGAUAUACAGAAAUAUUAUGUCUGUUCUCAAUUUGAAUAUACCAGCUGCUGAACCAGAUCUCCCAGCUGCCUCCCAGCAUAAAGCACUAGAACUCUGGCAAUCAGCUAUUGAGAAAGAUCCUCUUCUCAUUCCUGUUGAUAUGGCUAACAUAUCUAGCUUUUUAGAAGUCAAGCCUAAAUUUAAGCAAGCAAGAUACAGAAUGGAUGAGAUAAUUGAAUUAGAACUAUAUGUCAGGCUGCUGUACACAACAGUUCUUGAAGUUCGAAAUGCUUUUAUAGCUAUAUCUAGUCAAUCUGAAACAAUUGAAAUUCCAGUCAUUGAUGAAGAUAAAACAACUAUUUUAUUACAAGGUGAAAAAGUUAAAAGAUUUCUAUGCCAAUUCAAGCCAAAUCCUCAUGACAGUGGAUCAGACAUUCAUAUCAAAAGUGUAUCUUUUGUUCUUGACAAUGAUAGAAAACGUAAAAUAGUUUUAAAUUUCAAGAUAGAAGGCAGCAAAGUAACAGAUUUAACUAUACAUCCAGAACUAUUACAUUUCAUAAGAAGCCCCAAAACGGAUUAUGAAUUUGAUUCCAUUGUACCUUUAACAGUAGCAUCUAUUACUUCUCGAGAUAGCAAGUUGUCAUUACUGGUUACCAACUCGAGUCCUGCGCUGCAAGGUGAAUGGUUCCCUUCUCUAUUUACUAUAACAAACAAUGAAGACAGUCAAGUGUAUGAUAUUAAAAUUACAUUAUCAUUGUUGAGUUCCCCAGACAAUCCUAACCCUGACUCAGUCACAGAAUUGAGUUUGAAGGAAGGAGAACCACAGACACAGCCACUGUAUUUACAAGUUGGUAGUUUGAGUAAGGCUAGCAGUCAUGCCAAUACAUUCUUUUUGAAAACAAAUAGAACAGCAACUGCAACUGUGCAAAUAAAAGUAUCUUAUUUUAUUGAUCUCCCUGAGAUUACAAAAUUGGAGUGCACUAAAGACUUCUGUACUAAAAUAACAGUUAUUAAACCAUUUGAAGUGUCUACCAAUUUUGUGGCAAUGAACUUUAAACCAAUUGCGAAAUGUUUCGUAGAUGACCCAUUCAUAGUGAUGCCACAGAUAAAAAUCUUAAGCCCUUGGGAUUUGCUGAUAGUAGACACAGAGUUGGAGGUAAUUGAGUGCUUUAAGACCAGUGAUGGUAUCAAGCCUUUGUCUUGUAUUACUAACCUUGAAGUUGCUGAAAAGAAUGUAGCAUCAGAUGCUGUAUGCAUACAAGCCAAGUACAAACCUAAAGAUAAUCCAACUAGAGUGGGUCUAUAUAACAUAACGUGGCGUCGGAAGUCCAACACUGGCCAUUGUGUGAUGAGCAGCACAGCCUUGUCAGCACUGCCCAUAGAUGAUUGUCCGGUCGCCAUUGAAGUGAAAUAUCCCCAGGUAGUGGAGCUAUUGACUUCAGUUCCAUUGAAAUGCACUCUAUUUGGCAAGUGCAGUACACCCAUCAGACUUACUGUAUCUGUAGAGGGCACUGAUGCUUACAUGUUCUCAGGGUACAAAAAAAUAUCAGUGACCAUACCACCCAAGGGCAAAGUGGAACUUUGCUACAAUAUCCAUCCUUUAGUUUCUGGCAGCACGACUCCUCCUAGGUUAAAAGCUACCAUUAUCGGCGAUACGGCAAGUCAAGAAUUAGUGAGUGAAAUGUUUGAUAAAAUCUUUCCACAGAAUAUAUUUGUUAUGCCUAAGUACAAUAAAUGAAAGUAUCAAAUUAUCUUCAUUUGAAUGUAAAUAUAAUGAACAAAGUGUAAAGUUGUAUUGUAGUUACCUUUUAAUAUCUAAAUAAUAAACUCAGUUACUUGUUU